GAAAGUAGACGUCUAAACUUUGAAUUAUACACUGCUGAAAUUACAUUUACGUUUUUACUUCUUCGUUAAAGAUUAAAAUCUGUCUGAAAAUACUUUUCCUACAUUCGCGAAUUAUAAGAUAAUAAGUGAUAAUCGAACAGUAAUUCUAAGUUACGUAAAUAUGGAAAAAGUGUCACCGUUCCGCCCAAAAAUCAUGAGUAAAAAAAGAACUGCUGGAGAUGGAAUGGAAUCUGAUGAGAAAAUCAUUGAAAAUAAGUCUACUGCUGUUGGAACAACUGAAACUUGUGUCCCCGAAAAACAAAAGACAUGCCUUCUUCCGGAGCGUUUAAUUCAGCUUUAUCCCAGUAAUGUGAUAAGGUCGGAUAAAAGAAGAUCAAUUAAUACGAAAACUCCAAAGUUUGUGCCUUACGAACCGUACCCGGCUGCCGUGAAACCUAUAACUACGCAAGCCUAUUCCAAAACAAAAAAAUCUAGAAAUAAUAUGGACAUAAACACUCUUAUAUCACAAAUGGCGCAGAUGAAUACUAAUUUAAAUGAGUUUAAACCGAGGCCCAAAUUGAAUUCUGUUGGAGACAAGUUACCCGUAGAGGUUAAAACAAAUCCUGAAAAAGAUGAACUUCAGAAGAAAGUCCUUUUUUUAACAAAAGAAAAUGAUUCUCUUAAGGAACAAUUAAAACAACAAGUUCAGGUCAACAAAGAACUUAAAACGAUGCUAGUGGCUUCAAUGGGUGAAGAUCUUGAAACACAAGUUCAAUCAUUAAACGAGGAUAAGAAACAUUUAGCAAAUGCAUUACUAAACUCAGCUCAACAUUUGUCUACACAUCAGGAACAAACAGAAUGGUUAGCUGGUCAAUGUGAAGUUUGGAGAAGUAAAUUUCUUGCAAGCAGUUUGAUGGUAGAAGAAUUAGCAACUUGCAAGAAGCAACUUAAUGAGAAAACGGAAAAUCUUCAACAAGCUAUUAAACAACUUUUAGAUGAAAAAUGUAGAGUAAGAGAUAUGUUGCUUUGCACAUACAAAAAUUUGUACAGUCUACACGAAAAGUGGCUUGAAAAUGUCACAAUUUCAGAAUACACUGGUAGUGGUAGAUUAUACAAUCGUCCUAUUGGGAAUAUGAACUUCAAUGCGACAUUACCACAUUCAGGAAACGUAAUAGACCUUGCUUGUGUCAACUUAAAAUUGUCUGAGAAUCUAAGCAGUUCAGUUGAAAAGCAGGACAUAAGCCACAUAAACAGUUUACCAACGAGGACUGAAGGGGAGAAGAAUGCUGAAAAUGUUAUGGCAAUGCCAUUAGAUAUAAAAAGAAGCAAUGAAGUCUCAGUGAAUGCAUUAGUUCAUCACGCCUACAGCAGUAGUGGUAAUACAGUUCGUCCAGUGGCCUCUUGUGUCCAUUGUAAUGGAAGAGUUCAGUUGUUAUAAAACAAUGUCAUCUUGAAGAGAAAAAAAAAAUUAUUUAUUCUGUGACGCUCUACUCCAAACCUCUGUAAAUUACAAUUAGGUUAAAGACGAUGAUACUAAAAGCAUAGUUCCAUAAAAAGGAAAAAAUAAAACUGAAAUUGUUAUUUUAUAUUGCCAUAGAAUAAUUAGUGGGUAGCAUAGCUGCUAAGCUAAGCGCACCCGAUUUUACUGACGUCUGUGUUCGACCGCUUACCAUCAAAAGGCCUUAUACUCUUAUAUCUACAACAGCAUUCCCUAUGUUAAGUUGCCAUUUAUGACAUUUUGAAUUCAUUUUAUUAUUCAUAUGACCGAUUACUGAGAUGUAGAUAGACUGACUAUCAUUUUCAAGUAGUUUUUGCGUCGCUAAAUUCAAAUAAUUCCCAGGUGCAAAUUACAUUAUUUAUUAAAUACUUCCUUAAACUUUAAAAAAUCUAAUUUUUUCCUGUGAAUUUUUAAUAUUAUAAAACUGUUCUCACUUGUCCCUGAUAAAUAGUUCAAUAACAAGAUAACCCUAAGAUAGAGUAUAAUUGUUAAAAUAAAUUUGAAAUUAAAUCCAUUUGCUAUAAUUUAGCAAUUUAAAAAUAUCCUAAAGUUUUUGUAAACAUACUAUGUUGUUAUUAUUAUACAUAUUUUGUUUUGCCCAGUUGGAGCAUCGGGUAAUGAAAACUCCAGAGGGUCACACUCACAAACAAGUUUAUUGGAUAAUUUCGUUAGUAACAGUUAACAUACUUAUCCCGAGUUCGAAAGGAAUGGCGGCGAGUGGCGAGAGAGGCGGGCGUACAUGCGUGCGUACGCUUCGAUGGGUGCGGGAGAACCAUAGAUUAUACACUUAAGGGUGAACAGCCGAGUCAGAAAGGGCCGCGUGCGGCGCGCCAAAAGAAAUCCCGCGCGCAUUACUCGAGUCGCGCUGGGAGCCGAAAUCGAGAGGUCCUAAUUGGUCGCGGCUACCGUUUGGGUUGCUGUAUACUCCCCUUCUAGUCCUGAAGAACGUCCUCGCUCCUGGACUAGGACACUAUCAGCCUUAGCUGGACGUCCACGUUUCCUCUUAGGAAUCAUAGGCUUGAGUAAGGAGUCUUUGUUACCAUGGCAACAGGUACGGUCUUGGGUAGGCUAUUUCCUUAAUAUAACCUCACUCUGUUCGCUAAUAGCGGUUGUGUAAGUCGAAGGACAAAUUUUUUGGGCAAUAAUAUAAGGACUAUCGCGGCGUGGGAAAAACUUGGCAGUAAGGUCCUUCGACCCUUUGCUGAGAAGGUAGGACUUGACGAGAACCUCUCGCUCAGUGGUUGAAUAGUUUCGCUCCGCCGCGUUGAGGAGACGGCUAGCGUACUCGAUUGGCCUCUCCUGAUUUCCGUCACCCUGUAAUAGAGCUGCGCCUAAGGCGUAGUCACUUGCAUCCGUGCGCAGGAUGAAGGGGCGGCUAAAGUCGGCUUGUAUUGGUAUGGGAGCUGUGGUCAAAAAGCGCUUCAACUCUUCAAUCGCUCUCACCUGCUCUGCGCCCCAGAUCCAGAUUUGGUUCUUUCUCGUAAGGCGUGUCAGGGGUUCGGUGACUAGAAAAAUUUGGCAUGAAUUUUCGACAUCAGGAGCAUGUUUGAAUGUCCUGGGGUGUUUAAGAUUAUUCGGCUCUUUCAUUUCAAGCACAGCGCUUACCUUCUCAGGGUCGGUAGAAACCUUGUGUAAUGACAUGCCCUUAGUACUUAACGCUCUGUCUUGCGAAAACGCACUUCUCUCUGUUGAGGUGUAGGUUGAAUUCCGCAAGACGUUUGAAAACUCUCUCUAGGUCCUGUAGAUGGCGCUUGUACCCUUGAGAUAUUAUACACAUAUUAUCUAAGUACCUUAAAAUAGUUACCUCUUGUAACGCGGCGCAGGAGCUCAAACGAUCAAUGAGUCGCUGGAAAGUAGCCGGCGCCUAGCGCAAUCCGCACAGCAUUCUCUUGAAACGAAAGUUACCCAGAGGACAGACAAAGGCAGUAUUAUCUAUGUCGCACUCUCUAACGUGGAGUUGCCAGUAUGAGAAACGGAGAUCAAGCGUAUUCAUGAAACGGUCUCUCUUCAUGCUCUGAAACAACUCUUCUAUGCUGGGCAUGGGAUAUGAAUCGGCCUUGGCUAUCACGUUGAGGCGUCUAUAAUCGACGCAAUAAAAUGACUGAUCACUUUUAACUGCACUUUCGCUAGAUUUUGAGUGAGUCCUAUUUUUAGAUAAGUUAGUAUAGAAUUGAUCACCUUCUUUUGAAUCUAACUUACAAAACUGGUUCCUCUCGUGACCGAAGAAAAGGCAAUAUGAACUUUUCGAGCAUCGUUUUCUCUCCACGGAAUCAUGUACACAAGGCGUUCCGGGAACAAGCGGCGGCUGCGUCGGGGACGGCGCCGCUCGAAGCGCACGCCGCGGUACGCGCCGUAACGGCUGGCGGCGGCCGACACGUCUGGCACCGGCCGUUGAUUCUUGCUAAUUCUCCUGUUAGUCUUGAGGCAUUGUGCUCGUAGCGAAGCUCGUCCGUCGCGUCUUCAAUUUGGCGCGCUCUUUGUAGGAGCACGUCGAAUGAACUUACUUCGUCCCGGCGAAUUCUCUCCUCUACGCGGCGGCUAACAAUUCCGUAAAUCAUGUCUAGCUGGACUUUCUCGCUUAGGUCGCCGGUUCUUUCAUCGUUCUGUUGACCUCGUUUGAACAGUUGAGCGUAUAUACGGAGUAGAGGCCUGCGAUCACCGAAAGCAUCUCUUAGGGCUGAGAUGGCAUCGCACCACGAAGGUAUGGAGGCCUUUACAUCCGGCCACCAGACGGCGGCGUCGCCGCACAGCAGCAUGGACCAUUCCCGUUCUCAUCCGAGAUGUCGGAGCAGUCGCGAUACGCCUCGGCGUCAUCCAGGAAGGCAUCAAGCGACUCGUCCGCCGCCCCACUAAAGUGGUACAUCGGGCGAAGUUCGCGUGUGGAUGUGAUGCGGGCGCUGGUGUUGAUGUGUUAUGCCGUAUCGUGUCAAAUAAUGAUUUCAAAACCUCUGUUUGGCUCCGCUGUAGUGCCUCUACUAUCGUCGACACGUGCUCGCUGGAGAAAGUUGCUUCGGUUGUGGUGUUUGAAGCGCGAGGCGUCAGUGGCGCCGAUUUCGCAGGCGGGAGAAGCGCUUGUAGAUGCUUCUCGAAAAGGCUCGCAGAUUUUGCGCGAGGCGUCGCCGGCGCCAUAUUAUUGGGUCGCGGGCGCGCUCGGGGAGGCCGAUCGCAGCAAGCGGACAGAUGACGCGUCCGUUGUAUCUUCAUCCCUGCGAUUUUGGCCCGCACAGUUAUCACUUCGAGUGUUCACCAUGAUGAACAGUUACCGAUUCGCCGACUCACCGCUAGAUUUUUCUUACCACGUUGAGGCGCCAGUUUUGUGUUUCCUAUUUUUUCCCCUGCCUAAGCUGAUGGCCUUGAGAGGCCAUUUCAGCGUAACCCUAACAAGUGGGUGAGCUCGCCGGGCUCAAACGUGACGACGUUGCUAACACUAACCCUAGCAAGAGCAGUCCUUAACAAAAUCUACCACCGGAUCGGAAACGCGACCCACAGAGAAGAUCCGGCGAGAGCCUCAGUGGGCUGUGUUUGUGGGUUAAUUUACUCGCCGAGCCCUUCGUCACAAGCGACGGGUUCGACGAGAACGACGACCGGUGCUUGCCAAAAGAAAUACCUCGCUCACUACUGUUUGAGUCGCGCUGAGAGCCGACAACGAGAACUCUUGAUUGGUGGCGACUACCGUUUAGGUUGCUAUACAUAUCUAUCUAUAUAUAUAAAAGAAAGUCGUGUUAGUUACACCAUUUAUAACUCAAGAACGGCUGAACUGAUUUGGUUGUAAAUUGGUGAGAAGGUAGCUUAGAGCCAGGAGAAGGGACAUAGGAUACUUUUUAUCACAUUCCCGUGGGACGUGACAUAAAACGUGGUAUAAAAAAACGCAACUGAUAUGGAAUAACAAAACGCAACUGACAGCUAAAUGUUCUAUGGUUAAAUUUUGAAGUUGACCGGUUGAUGUGUUUGCAACAAAUUGACCGUGUGGCGGAACAAAGCUCGCCGGGUCCGUUAGUUAUUUAAUACAAGCAAAAUUUGUUUCUGGAAUAUACAAGGAUAAAAUUGUGUUCUGUGGUUGUGUACUGCUGAUUAGAUCAGUAUUCUGUUUGUAUUGUUUUAAGAAUCUUCUAUAAUAUGUACAUAGAUACACUUAUUAAUUUGAGCAAUUGAUUUUGUUUCACCAUACACUUGCUCUGAGUAAAAUGAUUAAUGUAAAUAAAAUAAAAAUUUAUUUAUAAUGUUUUAUUUUUAAUUCGAAAUUGAAUGUAACAAAUUGAGAAUGUAUACUACUCUACUCCUAAGACUUCGAUUUUGAUUCGAUUAUAUACAUAUGUAUAUAGUUAUAAAAAUAUAUAAAUUUAAUAUGAAGAAAUUUAAAUGUGUUCUAGCGAUUAUUAAAUUAUUUUGAAGAUGAA